UUUGAUUUGUGAUAGCACAAAAACAAAACAAUCAGUACAUAAUUUGUACAAAUAACAAUAUUUGUAUCCAUAAUUAUGAAGAUAUAUGAAAUGUUUUAGUUUCUUUAUGUAAGGUGUAGCAGGAAUGGCUUCGUACCGCCAUUUUGAAGCCGAAUAAGAAUAACCUAUAAAUGUUUACGUAAAAUAUAAACAUGUAGGCUUCCAUGAUUGAUAAGAUGUAAUGACAUUUAAAUGCCAAACAAACUGUAUUUUAAUUUUUACCUAUGGUGCUAUAAAGUUCCAUGGCCAUCACCCAAUCCUUACUAGAAAACCCUAUUUGAUAUGCCGACUAGGAAUAUUCCGAGAAUAGUCCCUAGUAGGCUGAUAGUGGGCAGAAAAACUCCAUAACUCCCCAAUUCGAGAUUCGAAUCUGGGUCCUCAGAGCAGAGGUUGUUCCGCGCAAGCAAUACAAUGUUACCGAGGCAAUCUACCUACCCACCAGACAUACUCACAACCUCACGGUCAAUAAAUUUUAACUUAAAAAAUUGUAUGCCCAAAGUUUACAGAUUAAAAUGGAGAGCACAAUAGAAAUUCAAGAAAGUCAAGAAAUAAAAACUCCAUCCUCGAAAGAGGCUAUCCAAGUGGAAUGGCUGAAGCAGAAGUUAAAAUGCCUGUGGGAUUCGGCUCCAUUCUGUGGGAUGUGUUUGGAUAACACCAGGAGCCUUAAUUCUCUCGACAAUGAGUUUGUUAUUGGACGGCAGAAGGAGUCACAAUCGCUGUUAGACAUUUUGAAUUAUGUAUUUAAUGAAGAUAUAGAAAAUAUAAUGUCCAGCACACAGUUAUGUGAUAACUGUUCAGAAAAAACAAUCCAAUCAUAUUUAUUUAUACGGAACACUAAGUUACUGUCGAAAAUCAUCAAUAAUUGUGUCACGGAUAUACACAGCAAAGCUGUGGAUGUUGGGGAACAAAUUCUGGAUAACUUCAUGUAUGAUAAUGCUAACGUCAUGAUUGUUUUAGAGAAUGAAAAUGAAAUGUUUAGUGAAGUAGAAAAUCUUACAGCGAUCACUGAAAUAGUACCAACAGAUCAACCAAUAAUAGCCACAGCCGCUUGUCCUCAACAUGAAACUAAAGAAGAUACUAAAGCCAAGGAGAUUGAUGAGACUGUAAUAAUUAACAAGGAUAAGGAAGAAAUGCAAGUUAAGGAAGGAUUUCAUAAACCAGUAACGUCAGAAAGGACUCCAAACAUCACUUUGGAGAAAGGGAAGCUGGUUAUAAAACCAAUAAAAACUCUCACACCUCGAUCUGUGCCAAUAUACAGCACUUACAAAUGCAAUCACUGUCCAGACAUUUUCACAACACACAAAUCAUUAAAGGAGCAUGAAAAAUCAAAGCACAAAUUCCAUGUCUUUCAAUGCAGGAUGUGCGAAAAGUCAUACAACACCCAGCAAUCAUUGAAUAAUCAUUAUAAAACCCAUUCAAAGGCUAGAUGUAAAAUUUGCCGUAUGAUAUUGCGCCAAGAAGAUCUAUUCUCACAUUUAAGGGAAUUUCACUCUAAUGUAGUUUAUCCAUGCAAAUUCUGUGAGCUGGUUUACUACACACAAGAAGCUUUGGACACACAUUUCAAAGCGAAUCACUUGGUUAAUGAUACAACUGCACAAUCACAAUGUGUUAUGUGUCUGAAAGAAAUAAGUGAGGAUCAAUUAAAAAUCCAUAAAUGCAAGUUUAGUUGCUCAGACUGCUUUGUAAUGCCAUGCAUACAUUAUAACUAUUUAGUAUCAUACAGACAGCAAGUGUUAAACCAUUCGGCUAAAGUGGCCUGCACGGAUUGUGACUAUGUGACGCAUCGGAAGGAGUAUUUCAUAACACAUGUGAAUAGAGAGCAUUUGGAUUACCAUCCGUUCACAUGUAAUGACUGUGGCAUGCAGUUUUACACAAAAAUGAGUUUAAAAACUCAUAUAGACCAAUAUCACAUUGACAAUAUUUGUGCAUACUGUGAUACCGAAUUCAAGAAACGCAAUGUUCUUGUGGAACAUAGAAAGAAAUGUAAAACGAUUAUCAGGGCGUUCCCUUGCGAUAAAUGUCAAGCUUCAUUCGAUUUGGAAGAAGAAAUAAUCAAGCAUGAAUUCCUUAGACAUAGCGAUGGCGGAUUUGCAUGUAAAUUGUGCAACAGAAGAUUUCUGGAAGAGGUACAGUUGGAAGAACACCAAGUUAUGGCACACAGCAGUGUCCAAUGCAAGAAGAGGCGAAAAAAUAUUGAAUGCACCUUGUGUGACACUAAAUUUAACAACAUAAAAGAAUUAGAACAACAUGAGGAUAUGCAUGGACCGAACGUGACAUACCCUUGUAAGACAUGUUUGAAGCAAUUCCAGAGUUUGAAAAAGUUAUACAUUCAUCAACAAAGGCAUUAUGAUAGGAUACAAUGCGGCGGAUGUAAGAAGAGAAUCAUUACCAGUUUUUACCCACAGCACGCUGUGCGUUGCAUGUAUGUGAGAGAAGGCUCCAUGCAACACAUCUGUGAAGUGUGCGGCAAAGCUUUCCACUUAGAAUCACUAUUGCGCCUCCAUCAGAAGGCUCACGAAAAAGUAAAUUGUUCAGAAUGCGGCAAACUCAUGAAAGCAUCUAAUCUUGAGAACCAUCUACGAGGACACAGUAAUAUUAAAAGCACGCGAAGCAUACCCAAGAUCGCGUGCCAUCUAUGUGGUCAUUUGGUGAGGAAGAAAUGCGAUUUGGACACGCACAUGAACAGAUAUCACUUGAAAGUGAAGCCGUAUUCGUGCCAUAUUUGCAACAAACGUUUUUGUGGAAAAGUGAGGCUCACCGAACACCUGGCAACACACACAUCGGACAAUGAGUGUUUCUGUUCUAUUUGCGGGAAGAAGUUCGCCAACAGAGUGUGUCUGAAAAUGCAUGUCCGAAUCCACACUGGAGAAUGCCCCUAUACAUGUGACUUAUGUGGGGAUAAAUUUAGAUCGUCCAGUAUUAUGAAAACGCAUAGACUGAAAAAACAUUUAGAGAAAAGCAUUGCCUGUCCUGCUUGUGACAGUAUGUUCCAUAUAGUUAGAGAGAUGAGACACCACUUCAAAAAUGUGCACUGGAAGGACAAAGAUAGGCCGUUUAACUACAAAGAAGCAGUGUCGCCAGAGUUUUAUCAUUUAUUUGAGGAUGGCAGGCUUCCCAAGGUUGACCCUGGGCUCAAAGAGGAUGUCAUGGGUUCCUAAUACCAAUAAUUUUGCUAUAAUGGGACUAAAAACACCAAAAAUACACCAUGUUGUUGAUCAGUACCAAUGUGUUAUAUAAAAAAAGUACAUAGAAAUUAUUAUUAUUAUUGUUUGUUAUCAGGCAGGCAGUAAAUUAACUGAUAUGCCUGCAUCCUGUAAUUCUCAAUUCCCUUAUAAUUAUUUAGAUAGACUAAUAUUUAUACGAUAUUUAUCACGGCAUUGUUGUAUAAGUGAUUAGUAUUUUAACUUAAUUAUAGAUUAAUGUAAACUGUAUCUCUUGAAGAAUAAAAUUGUUUUUAAAAUGUAUCAAUGCCUGUAAUAAUUUAGAGUUAAUGAUUUUAUUUAAAAUAGUAUCUUUUCUUGUUUUUGUUUAUUGUAUCAAUUAUUAUAGCAUUGCUUUAUUUAUCUCUAUAGGCCUAAAAUACUAGUACACAUCGUGGCAUAAUUUUUUAUUCUACUUUUUAUGAAAGCUACCAAAAAUCCCAUUUUCACCAAUUUCAUUAAUUUGUAAAAUAUAGAUGGGUGCUUUAAAAAUAAUUAUGAUCGAAAUAUUUAUGUAGUAGCAAUAUGUAAUAUACAAAAUUAAUAUUACCAUAAUGUAAAAAAAUAUCUAUAAAUAAAUAUUUUUAUCAUACUA